AUGAAGCUUUAUGAAACCCAUGUCACUCGUGCCAGCCCGACGCAACUACCGCUACUGGAGUCCGCACUUUCCUCGUCACAGAACAACAAGUACUACCACGGCCAGGACGAUAUUUUUCAGCUAGCGGGAAUCCUUGCAGCAAGAAUUAUCCUGAAUCAUGCUUAUCAGGAUGGCAACAAAAGGGCCGCGCUUCUGGCGGCAGACAUGUUCCUGAAAAUCAACGGAUUCCAUCUGCAGAAAAACCCGUUCGGCAGAGAUGAGGUCAAUAACGGUCUGAAAGAUGCGCACGUAGCUGUCGCGGCGGAUUAA